AUGAACAUCCUUGACCAAAUUGAGGAUAAUCUUAGCUCAAAUAUCAUUGAGUCCAAAUUAGAUCCUCUCGAAGAAGAUUCAGGCAAAGAAAAUGAAUCCCGAGGGUUGAUUUCUAGUGCGUUCACUUCUUUGAAGGAAUCGGUUUUUGGAGAUUCUGGUGCUGAGCAGCCACAGAAAUCGAAUUCAGAUUCUGCACACAAAGAAGAGGUUCCUGGGAACCAACCGCUAGAAGAAUCAACUCCAGAAGUAGGAAGACAAUUGGAAACUCCAAAAGCUCCAGAAUUCUCUUCAGUUACUCCAGAGGAGGCUUCACAAGCAUCGAAAAUAGGAGGAAUUAUAUCUAGUGCCUUCACAACCUUCAAAGAAACAGCAUUCGGGGAUUUAACCUCAAAGAAUGAUGAUGAUUCAAAAGAAGAAUAUACUGCUAUCGAGCCCUCUUCAGAUCCAAUGGACCAGGUCAAAGUUCCAGAAGCACCAGAUGCUCCACACAUGCCUACAGAAUCAGAACAGGCUCUGAAAGGAGGUAUAUUUUCUAGUGCAUUCAAUUCACUCAAAGAAUCUAUGGCUGGGAACACAUCCCUUAAAACUGGACAAGCGUUAAUGGAAGACGACACGUCUUCUGAAGCACCAGAAGCUUCUGAACCUUUCGAAGUCGAGAAAAUGGGACAGAUGCCGUUUGAAAGACCUGGCGUGGAUGAUAGUAUAGCUUAUGAUGAGGCAGCAAGAGAUAAGGCGCAUUCAGAAGCAGCGGAGAAGGAGUUGGAGGAGCAGAAGAAGGAAAAGGAAAAAUCUUCUGAUGACAAGGGAACCAACAAGGAUCAUGCUGAAGUCUCAGGAGAGAAUUCUGAAAAGGAGGCAUCUGAAGACUCUACGGACGACGCGAAGAAUCGGGCUCCACAGAGUGAGAAGAGCCAGAAGGGGUUGAACCAGGAACAGAUGAGUUCUGGAGGUGAGGAGAAGGAGGAUUCCGAAGAUAAAUCAGAUGACAAGGAAAAGGUGAGGACAAAAAAUUGCUUUAGAGUUCCAAGUUUGAUUUUUCAGAAAUCCAAUGAAGAGUCUUCUGAUAAAAAAUCUGGAGACAAGGAAGAAGAAUCUUCUGAUCCUGCCAAGGACAAAGCCGCACAAGAUGCCAAUGCUGCCAAGGAUACAGCGAAAAAUCAAUUCCAAAGUACGAAAGAAGACAAAUCGUCCGAAGAAUCCAAAGAUCAGAGACCAGGCGAUCAUAGUCAAGAAGGCAAAACAGAAAAGCCCUCAAAAGAGGAUUCUGAAAAAAACAAGGAAUCUGAAAAGUCUCAGGAUCAGGACAAGGAAGAAAAAUCGGAAGAUAAAAGGGCCGGUGACCACAUCCAGGAGAACAAGGCAGGAUCUCCAGAUGAGCCUAAAAAAGAGGAACCUGGAGACAAGAAUGAGGGCUCAGAAUCCAAGUCCGAUGACAAAAAUGAGAAAGAAUCCAAAGAUCCCAGACCAGGGGACCAUAGUCAAGAAGACAAAGCUACAUCAUCAGAGAAGCCGAAACAGGAGGAAUCUGGAGACAAGGAUAAGGAUUCAGAAUCCAAAUCCGAUGACAAUAAUGAAUCCAAAGACCAGAGACCAGGUGAUCGCAGCCAAGAAGACAAGAAAGAAUCUUCAGAUGAGCCAAAGAAGGAGGAAUCUGGAGCCAAGAAUAAGGAUUCAGAAUCCAAGUCUGAGGACAAUAAAGGCUCCAACGACCAGAGACCAGGGGAUCAUAGUCAAGAAGACAAGGCCUCAAAAGAGGAUUCUGGAAAAGACAAGGAAUCUGAAAAAGGUCAGGAUCAGAACGAUUCCAAGGAUCAGAAGAAGGAUCCUGAAGACCAAAGGCCCGGGGAUCAUAGCCAGGAUUACAAGGCUGCAGAUUCAAAAGAGGAAGAUUCUGGUAAGAAAGAAGAUUCCCAGGACGACUCCAAGGAUAAGAAGGAAGAACCAGAAGACCAGAGGCCAGGUGAUCAUAGCCAGGAGAACAAGGCAGGAGAUUCGAAAGAGGAAGAUUCCAAGAAUGACUCCAAGUCUUCAGAUGACAACAAAUCAGAAGAUAAGAAGGAAGGAGGCAAUUCAGAAGAGAAGAAGUCCGGCGAGUCUAAGGACCAAGAAUCUGGUGAGAAUCCUGAAGAAGCAGAAGAGGAAUCCUCAGAUCCUCCAGUCAACAUUGCCGACGAAGUCAGCUACGUUUCAGCCAUGCAUAAAGAAGACGCGCUGGAUUCCAAGCCAUUAUAA